AUGGAGCGCAAUCACAUGCUUCCUGGGGAGUCCGAGUCUCGUCAUGUCCUCGGACCACCACCUGCUCGACCUCAAUCGUUGAUGGCGUUUUCUCCUCCAGCUUAUUCCAAUGUCGCUUCACCGAAUGCGAUAAAGUUUCCUGAUGUUCCUACCGAAAUACCGACUUCUUUGCCUCCUCUGGCUAGAUUCGAAGCCGAUAGCGAUACCAAGUUACCACCUCUGAGUUCACUUACGGGCGAAAUGGCCAUGGAACCGACCAAGACUUGGCUUCCUUUGCAUCCUAUGCCUUAUCCGCCAGUUCUUGCGCAUAGUAUUGAUAGUCCGACACGAAUGGAUCUCGAUGGGAGUAGCAACAGUGUCGUCAGCGCUGCUUCUCCUGAUGGUCUUCUUGACGCGAGGGCUGGUAGCGUCAGCCUUGAUGAUCCAGAUGUGCGGCUGGCGGCUGAAGCGCUUGGUGACUUGAGAGCAGUUAGUCCACCGACUUCUGGGCUUCAAUCGAAUCAACCACAAUCGCCACAGCCUGAACCGCUUCUGUCUCUACUUACGACGACUCAUCCACUGUUGGCGAGUACAAUUGAGGGCGCUACCUCGGCGUAUGGUGGCGCCAAGAACUUUUCACCGCGUUUUCGAUCUGGCGCCGAAUAUGUUGAAGGAUACCUGACACCUAUUGCGAAUACUGUUGGUUCAGUUGGUCGAGUUACUGGCGUUGAAGGAGGUGUCAGAUGGUUUUUAGGUGCUGGAAGACGACAAAACAGCUCAACGUCGGAUUUGGAAACCGGCAACAGCAAGAAGCGACGCAAAACGGAUGAGGAUGAAGCAGUCAGCAACAAGCGAUUCGAGUCUGAAGGAAUGCAGCAAAUGAGCGACGAACAAAUGGACACAGCGCCUUCACCGUCUUCAAAGACCAUGUCUCGUCGCAUGUCAACUACUAGCACCGUCGACACGCUCCCUGCUUACGAUGAGUUGAGAUCACCCGCAUAUACCGAGACUGAUGCCAAUUCACCGCGACCAUCACGACCAAACAGCGCCUGGCAGUCACGUCUGAUUACGUCUACUUCUGGCCUCAGUGUCGCCAUGAGCCAGGAGAGUCUGCGCAGUCUCAAAUACUGUCUACAGUGGCUUCGCUGGGCCAAUGAUCACAUUGCCCGUGUGAUUUCGGCCUUGAAAACUACCCUUGAUGAGUACGAAAAGGUACCUGACGGACAUGGCCAACAGGCUGAUCCUGAGUCUCGCUCUCAACUUGCUGCUCGCAUCUCAAACCUCAAGGGCGAUGUCCUCAGAACCCUGCGAGAAGCCAUCAAUACUGUGUCCAAGUACGCAGGGGGCGCAUUGCCCGAAAACGCACGAAUCCUUGUGCGACGUCAUCUCACCAGUCUACCCCAACGAUUCCGUGUCGCCACCAUGACGGACAGGAAUGCCGGGCAACAAGACAGCGAGACUGCUCUAACUGAAGGUGCACACAAAGUUUUGGUCUUGGCCAAAGAAGGUCUGGACAUGGUUGUUCAAGUAAGUGGUGUCGUAGAUGGAACAAUUGUCAGCGCUGAGCAAUGGCUCGACCGUAUGGGCAAACGAAGAGCCCAGGAAGAUGAGAAGCCAAUGCUUCCUCAGACUGAGAGCAGACAAGAAACUCUUGACCUUCACUUUGAUACACUGGACCUUGUGUGUCCGAUCAACAGCGACGACAUCAAGAAUCGAUGGCUCAACUCGUAUGUUCCUCUCCCUGGACAAUCGCCCAAGAACUACAGCCAAAGCGUCAUCAAUUUUGUCUAUCGAAUGCUCAAAUCGUAUGCCUCGACAGUAAUUCGAGGUCGUCUGCCACCAUUCAUCCAUCCUAUGCAGCAAUCAUUGGUGCCACUCUCGACCUGCUUUACUCUGGUGCGAAUAUGCGACCCUCUACCCGGCAACGUGAGUAUCGCCGCGGAUAUCCUCCAGCGAGAAAUGACUAGGCUUUACGAAGAGCGAGAGACGUAUCAAGGCAUCCAUCUUCUUGGGGUGUUUCAAGCGUACCUCAUUUAUUCCAUGGUUCUCUUCUUUCACUUGGGGCCUUCGAUGCCGUUCCUUCGUCAGGCAAUGAUCAACUUGCAGGAAAUUGCAUGCGCGACCUCUCGUCAAGGGCUUGUAUGUGCGGCAGAACAACGAGGCGUCCUACCGAAAUGGGAACCAUGGAUUAUGGCCGAGGCCAAGAGACGAACACUGUACACCAUGUACUUUCUAGACAAUGUGUUGUCGGCUCAUGAUGGUAUCACCACAUAUCUGGGAACUGAGUUGAGGGGACUCUACUCGCCAUCGAGCAAGUAUCUGUGGCAAGCUGAUCGGAAUGGGUGGGAACAAAACUACUACUCUCAUCUGGCCGAAUGGGGAAGUGACCUUUUUCGACUGGAUGAAUUGUGGCCAUUUCCAGAUGGAAUGAGUGAGGACGACAUAAAGCGCCAACGACGGAGGGUAGAUCGAUGGUUGGAAGAUGUUGAUGAAUUUGGGACAAUGUUGAUUCAUCGCCUCCCGUCAUGCUGCAUCUUCAUUUACAAUGAAUUCGACCUCUUCCACGACAUGUGGAAUGCAACAGGUCCCGAUUCGAAUCGAAAUGCCCCUCCUGGGGUUGUUCCCGAUUACAACAACCCUGAAGACGUUUACUGGACGCUGAAUAUUGUCUUGACGACGAUAUGUGUAUUCUUUAUUACAGUCUUUUUUAUAGUACGAAUUUAUGUCAAGGGAACCAUUAGCCGGAAUUUUGGAUCUGAAGAUUCCCAAGUGCAUCCGAUCGAUCUAACAAGUCAGUGGUUCUAUGCCAGUACGGUUGUCUAUAUCCCGGCUGCCUUUUUCACCAAAGCGACCAUUUUGCUACUGAUGGCACGAGUUUUUGCUGUUGAACCACGAGUCGCAAAGGGAAUUAAGAUCUUGAUAUGGGCUUUACUGGUGGCAUACAUUCCGAUUCAAAUCCUUCGAAUUGUCAAUUGUUAUCCCAUUCGGACAUAUUGGGACCCCGAUGUCAGAAACGCACGAUGUCUCAACCAGCGAAAGAUCUUCUUUUCAGAUCUGUCACUGUCGAUUGUUACGGAUUUGGUCAUUCUGUUGAUCCCGAUACCGUUGACUUGGAAACUCCGAAUGUCGAUAGGCAAAAGAAUCAAGAUUGUGUUGCUUUUGGGGGCUGGCGGAAUCGCUACAGCCUUGACACUCUUCCGUGUUGCCAAGGCGGUAGACUUUUUGAACUCGGAUGAUAUCACGGUCGAUUAUACGCCGAUUGGCAUUCUAACGGCUCUCGAGAUUACCAUCGGCUUUGUAUGCGCCUGUCUUCCGUCCCUGAACCUCCUGAUCGAGCAUCAUGUCCGUAAACGUAGACGAGCACGAAACCCGAACUGGCCGCGCGAUCGAACACGGACAUCCCUGUUCAAGAAGCGUUUCCGGUGGAUCAGUUCGUCUACAGAACACAUGCCCUCUCGACCGAAUGGGCCUUCGGAUGGCAUGAUUGACUUGGACGUGGAAAUGGCCAUGUUGACAGGUCAGCCUGUACGAUUACGAACGGGACGAACAGCCAGUGCAGGAUCUCACGAUACCCGACCACUUGACCAUCGACUUAAUUCUGGCGACGGACGAAGAGAGGGAUGGCUGACUCAAGAUCGGGACGAGCAAGACAAGGCACAGGACAGCAAAUUCAUCAUGCGAAUGGUGGAGGAAUCAAGAGCACGAGCAGACGAAGGAGCCAAAGAAUCAUGGUGUCCCGUCUGGGAUGGACCGAGGGAUCCCAUGGCAAGUCAAGGAAGUUGGAAGUUUAGCGUGCCGUCGCAUUAG